AAUUAAAUAAUAUAAGUAAUUUGUUACAUAAUUUACAAUAUAGCAAUGGAUUUAAGAGACAAUAAGCAAAAUAAAGAAAAAUUAAGUUUACUUUAUGUCAGUAUUAUGUCAGUUGUUGAUUUUGGCAUUGGGGUUACAAUAAAUACAUUAUGCGGUUCUCUGAAUUCCAUAAAAAGGUUUUAAAUUAGUCUAGUGUAUCUAUAAAAAUUAAUUUUUAUGUUGCAGCUCUUUUACUGAUCAGUUGGGUUUAUUAAUGGCCAUCAAAAGUUGACUUAAAUAAUUUAAUUUAAUUCAAUUUUUUUUUUUUUUUUUAGAUUUUGCAAUGCUAAUAUUUUAAUCAUGAAUAUUACUAAUCGUAUUAUAAUUACUCCGUUGGGAGCUGGUCAGGAUGUUGGUCGUAGUUGUAUUUUAAUAACAAUUGGUAAUCGUAAUAUUAUGCUUGAUUGUGGAAUGCAUAUGGGUUAUCAGGAUGAACGGAAGUUUCCUGAUUUCACUUAUAUUACAUCUGAUGGUAAUAUUACAGACAUAAUAGAUUGCGUAAUUAUUUCACAUUUUCAUUUGGAUCAUUGUGGCGCAUUAUCCUAUUUAACUGAACAUCUUGGUUACCACGGUCCUAUAUAUAUGACACAUCCUACCAAAGCUAUUGCUCCAAUUCUAUUAGAAGAUAUGCGAAAACAUUUAGUAGAAUAUGAAGAAGAAGCAAAAUAUUUUACAUCUGGUGCAAUUCGAGAUUGUAUGAAGAAAGUGACUGCAGUAAAUUUACAUGAAGUUGUAACUGUUAAAGAUGAUAUUGAAUUGAAAGCAUAUUAUGCUGGACAUGUGUUAGGUGCCGCCAUGUUUUAUAUUAAAGUUGGAAAUGACUCUGUGGUUUACACUGGAGAUUUUUCAAUGACUCCAGAUAGGCAUUUGGGAGCAGCGUGGAUUGAUAAAUGUCGACCAACAUUACUUAUAACAGAAUCAACAUAUGCUACAACAAUAAGGGAUUCAAAAAGAUGUAGGGAACGAGAUUUCUUAAAAAAUGUGCAUGAAUGUAUAGAUCGUGGUGGUAAAGUAUUAAUUCCAAUUUUUGCACUGGGCAGAGCUCAAGAACUGUGUAUUCUUAUAGAUACUUAUUGGGACCGUAUGGGUCUUAAAGUCCCAGUCUAUUUUGCUGCAGGACUAACCGAAAAAGCAAAUAGUUAUUACAAAAUGUUUAUAACUUGGACUAAUCAAAAAGUGAGGCAAACUUUUGUACAACGUAAUAUGUUUGAUUUUAAACAUAUAAAACCAUUUGAUAAAACAUAUAUGCACAAUCCAGGACCUAUGGUUGUAUUUGCAACUCCAGGAAUGCUACAUGCUGGUUUAUCAUUGAAUAUUUUUAAAAAAUGGGCCCCAGAUGAAAAAAAUAUGUUGAUUGUACCAGGUUACUGUGUGUCAGGAACUGUUGGUAAUAAAGUUUUAAGUGGUGCUAAAAAAAUUGAAACGGAACCAAAUAAAUUUAUUGAUGUUAAAAUGUCUGUAGAAUAUUUAUCGUUUUCAGCUCAUGCUGACGGUAAAGGUAUCAUUCAACUUAUAAAAAACUGUGAACCACAGAAUGUAUUACUAGUACAUGGAGAAGAAGAAAAAAUGAAAUUUCUAAGAGCUAAAAUAGUGCAAGAGUUUGGCAUAAAAUGUUAUAUGCCAGCUAAUGGAGAAACUGUAGAAAUUGAAACAGCAAAUGUGCAUACAUUUAAUAUGAGUACAAAAUUGGUUAAAGAAAUUUUAGAUGACCAGGAAAAUAAUUUGGGAAAUGGAAAACGAUUGGUACAUGGGGCAUUUCUUUUAAAAAGUGGAUCUUCUAAAUUAAAUGCAAUGAGUGUAAAAGACACAUUUAAAGAAUUGGAUAUUCAACAUCACACUUUAAGGUUUGUUUAUAUUCCCGUUUUUUCAUUAAUUUUUGUUGAAUAAAUCAAAAACCACAAAUUGAAUUGAAACACUUCUUAAAAUUGAAUCUUAUUUAAUCAAUUGGUGUUAAUAUGGUAUUAUAAAAAUCAAUUGUUAAUUAUAUGUUUAAAUAUAAAAAAAUUAUUUUUAAAUUUGGAGCAUAGCAAUAAAUGUAUUGGUUUUAUAAUUUUUUUAUUCGUGAAUACAUUUUCUACCAAAAAUCUUGUUCUGAUUUUCCUCAAUGAAAACUUAAUCUAGGUGGUACUUUAAGAAAUUCAUUUUUUGAAUUUUAAUAUCCAUGUAGAAGGAAACUCGUAAAAAUUAUAUUUAAAUGUUAUAAAAAUAAAAAUAAAUAAAUAAUAUAAUAUUGUUUUUAGGUUCACUUGUACUGUUGAAAUUAAAGAAUCAUCUACACUCCAAAAAACUAAAACUAAAUUAUACAGUAUGCUGGAAAAUAAAUUACCAAAUUUUAAGAAUAAACUUACUAUGUCAGAUGGAUCAAUAUCAUUGGCAUCAAUUUUAGUAACUGUAGAAGAUGGUGUGGAUAAUAAUAAAAAGAAAAUUGUAAUUUCAUGGGCCAACGAAGAUGAGCCUUUGGGUAAUCAUGUACUUGAAAUAUUACAAAAUAUGAGUAAGUCUGAUUAAUAUAGUUUUUUAUUGUACAUUUUUUAUUACCUAUUAUAAUUGUAAUAAAACCAUGUGAACAUAUUUAUUUCUGAGUAUUUUGUUUUAAAAUAAAUAAACAAUACCUACUUAGUAAUUAUAUUUAAAAUUCCAUUACAUUUUAUAGUUGAAUAGUUUCAAACACUUGUUAAUAGUCUAUGUAGAAUAUAAAUGAAUUCAAAAGUAUCUUAUCAAAAAUCUUCUUUACUUAUAAUACUAAUAUCUUCAUGCAAUAUUUCAUUUUCUUUAAAUAUAUCUGUUAUAUUAUGUUCCAUCAUUUUGUCUAUAAUUGGAGGAAUUCGUUGUUCAAUCUUUUCUUGCACGUCAAUUUUAUCUAAAAAGUCCUGUAUUCUUUUCUUAAUAGGAAGUUCGAUAGCAUCUACAAUUUUGUUCCUUAAAAUAUUUGGAACAAUAUUGACAAGAGCCUCAGCUAAAUAAUCAACCGUACCUGCUCCAUCCAUACGCAAUUGAAUAUUUCCUACUGAUAAUCCAAAUUCAUUUAAAUAUGGUGCUAAUCUUGUGUCCAUUGGUUGAGUUACAUUAGCUUCAAGCUGUAUGUAAUCAACUGAAAAACUUAAAACACCUGUUGUUUUUAGUAUACCUGCUGCUCCAAUUUUCCAUUGACAAUGACCAUCUAAUUCUUGAGUUCCUAUAUGUAUAACGGAUAUAAUUGUUUGAUUUUGUAUACUUAUGUGAAUAUCUCCUAAUCUAUAUAUACUGGAUAAGCCUGUUAUCCAUAUUUCAUUGAUAUCCAAACUAAAUAUGUUGAAAUUUACUGCGUUUACUAAAUCUUCUACACGCCAAGGAUCAUAUCCCAUUGACUUUAUUUGUUGACGACUCUCAGCUAUAAGUAAAUCAACAGGUGGUAUUGUGUUUGGAAAACGUUUAAAGUGUUUCAUUUUUUCAUCAAGUUCAUCCUUAAUCAUUAUGUUCACCAGUUUCAUAAUUAUUGGCUUAAUAGUUUGAACAACAAAAUGUGUGAAACUGUUAACAAAUGUAUCAUAAAAUGGUAUAUUUAUUGUAUCCAUAUGUAAAUUUUCAUAGUUCAUAUUCAUAUUAAGAUUAUUAGUCUCUAGAUGUCCUGUAUCACUGACUUGUAAGGUCAAGUGACCAUCUAUGUGAAGUUGUAAUAGUGUGACAUUAUAAUAUCCUUCGUACAUUCUCCAAUACGAAUAGUUUCCAACUACCACUAAUGAAUCUAUUGAUAUUCCAAAUUCUAACUAAAUUAAUAAACAAAAUAAUAAAUUAAAUUAAAUUAAAUUAAGUAAUUAAAUUAAUAUUUAACUCAAUUGCCUACAAUAAUUUUAAUUGUAGGUAUAGGGUUGAAUUAGGACUGAAAAUGUUGUUAAUUUAAAAAAAGAAUUUCAACCAUUAAAAAAAAUCUCUACAUAUAAUUUAAGAUAUUAAUGAAAAUGUAUACAUACUUGUAAAUCAACUAAAUUGACAUAUAAUUUUUUUAAUCUAAAUUUUGAAUGACCUCUCAUUGUUGAGUUGUACAUACUCCAUAAAGCACUCUCUGUAUCAGGAAUAGGUUCAGGAUCUGAGUAUGGUGGUGUUAUAGCUUCUGGUAAACCUAUUGGAUCAGGAUUUUGGUAAUGUUCAAGAACAUUUUUUGUUAAAAGUGUCAAAUUCAUAAUACGCCCAUCAGUUUCUGAUAUUGGAGGCCCUUCAUCAUCAAAUGCAUAGACUUAAAUAUCAAAUAAACAAUCGGAUCAAAUACAAAAUAUUUAAAAAAAAAACAUAUUUUAUAUAUGAAGUAAAUUGCAUUAAUUAAGGCCCAGAUGAUGAUUAAUUUUUCAUUUUUAAAAUGUGCACUACUUGAAUUUUUUUGUAUCAAAUUUAAAAUAAUAUUUUGUUAUAAUUUGAUACAAAUACUUCUUAAUUAUUUUUACUACAAACAAUGUAUUGUUUAUGGUAGUUUGUUAAAAUAGCUAAAUUAAAUUGGAUAAUAUUUAACCAAUUUAUAAAUAGUUUUGAGUAUAGUAAGAUUUUAAUUUAAUACCAAUUAUUUAAUAAAAUGUUCAGAAUUUUGAUCAUAAAUAUGUGUAGUAGUAACUUUUAAAAUUUCUAGGCAUCUUCAUUCAGACCUUGAACAUAAUUAAUUAAAAUUCUAUACAAAAUAAAAUAGUUAAUACUUACAUUGACCUAAACAAUUUUUAUUAAACAUCAGAAAUAUUCCAAAAAAUAAUAUUUUUUUCAUUUUUGUGUUAUUUAUUUGUGUACUAAUACGGAAAUGAUGAUAUUCUAGGUUAACAAAUUGUUUUAUACUAAAUUAUUAUUUUCAUUGUGUACACAAUGUAUGUACCUUUGACCUAAAGUGCAUUCAUCAGUCCAAUCAAAUAUCUGAUAAAAUUAUCAAUAUUAAAUAAAAAUUGAAAUUAUUUAACAGAACAAAAGUUAUUGCAUUUGUCAAUUCUUUGUGGAACACCUUGUAUAAUAAUAUUAUAAUAUGAGAAAUUUUAAAUUCAUUUAAAUUGUGCAAUAUAGAUUUAUUAUAAAACAUUUGCAAAUAGUAUAAUUAUUAAAAUGAUAAGAACAAAUUUUUAGUAAACUAAUAAAAUUAAUUUGUUUUAUUUAUGAGUAUCCAAACAAUAGAAUAGUUACAAAUUGAUAGCAGUCAUAAAUUAUAUAUUAUUUGAAUGUUUUAAAAAAUAUUUUGUUUCGACACUUUAUUCAUAUAAAUUAACUAUUACUUAUUUAUGUAUUUUUAACUUAUUCAAUAAGAUUAAGAAGGAACAGUAGCACCUGGUUAGUAAUAAAGAUGAUAAAGAGAUAUUUGUUUAAGAAUAAGGAAAUAAAUAAUUAUGUAAUAACUACCAAGGAAUAACCCUGCUUAAUAUAGCUUACAAAAUAUUGUCUUACUGUUUACUUGAUAGAAUAAAACCAGAAGAUGUUUAAGGAGACUAGUAGGCAGGGUUCAGAUAAAAUUUGAUUCACUGUAAAUUAAAUAUUUAUUCUAAGACUAUUUUUUCAAAAAAAUGUAGGAUUAUGCCAAAAGUAUCCAUGGUGUUUUGUUGAUUUCAAAAAAAGUGUAUUCAAUUGUUAAAGAAUCUUUGAUCAGUGUACUAAAAGAGUUUGAAAUGCCACAAGAGACUCAUUAAAAUUAUCAUUGAACAUACAGAGAUUAAGGUAAAAAUAAUACACUCUACUUCAAAUUAGUAUAUAUGACUACAAGAUACAAGAUUAAGGCAAUGCUUUCCAAUUUGUUCAAUAGUGUUAGAAAAUAUAAUUAGGGAAAUAAAAAUAUAUCAGGAAGUAUCAUGUUAGGAGAGACUAACAUUGAUCUCUUAACUUAUGUGGACGACUUAGUACUGAUAACAAAAAAAUUAAGAGCAACUUAAAAACCAAUACAAAAAAUUGUUAAAAAAAUUGAAAGACAAAGUAAAAGAAAAUUUAGAAAAAAAGGAAGUCAGAAGAUUGAAAGGAAUUAUUACUAGAAAGUCAGUCAAAAGUAGAGAUAAAUUUUAGGCGGCAUUAUCUUAAAGGCCGAAACCACAAAAAGUAAGAGAAUUAGUAACUUUUAAGGGUCUGAUUUUAUUACUGUAUUGGAAAAGCAGUUAUGCUUUUUUUUUUUACUCCAAGUUAAUCUCUUCAUAGAAAUCAUGGUUUUCACUUUAAAAUAUUCAUAAAUGGUGAAUUCCAAACCAAGGUGAAUGUCAUUAAUAUUAAAAUAAAAAUUACUUUAGAUUUAUAUUUAAAUUUUCAAAUAUAACUAUUUAUUAAUAUAUCAAAACGCAAUGAAAAUUACGAAUCCCUCAGAAGACUUGUAAAUGUCAAUUCUCUAAGUUCAAUACAUAUUUAUUUACUAUGUCUUAUAAAGUACAAUAAAAGACAGUUUUCUUUUCAGUUUAAUUAAUAUAUCAGUUCCCAUAUUUAAUUUCAGAAACCGGCCAACUUUUAUAUUUCUAAACAUAAAACACUUCAAGUUUUUUUUUUUGCUCAUAUUACUAGUACUUGUCUACUGUAAUAACUUCAAAAAAAUGUUCAUAUUUUUAAUUCCUCUCAGAGUGCAUUACAAAACAGUAUACUAUCUUUUAACUAUUUUCUUCUUUAAUAUAUUGUAUCCUAACUAUAAAACUUGAGUGCUAACACUAUCAUUUAAUUUUUUGUAUAUUCCACUACCUAUUUAUGUAUGCUUUUUAUCAAACUAGUUUAAGUAUCUAAUUUCUAAAGUUACAUACUCUAAUACAAUAGGUAUAUAUUUUUAUUUUAAGACUGAUUUUGUUGUUGAGCAGAUAUGUUUGAUUUGUUAUUGUUAAAAAAUUAUUUUGAAUUGACUUAGAUUAUAAAUUUCAAUAAAUGGUCAUGUAAUAACUUAUUUGUUAAAUUUAAUAGUUAGUAUUCAAAUUCAUAAAAUAAUAAUAUAUACAUUAUUGUUUAGUAAUUGUUAUAAAUCAUAAAACUAAAACCAAAAGAGUAAUUAAUAAACAGCACAUAAAAUCAAUGGACAUUUAGACAUAAUACAGAGUAUGUUGAUUAGUGUUGGUUAUCAGUAACUUAUAAACUAAAUCAAAAUUAAAAAAAUAUAAUAUAAUACAUAAUGACACAGUCGUUAUUAUAAUAUGCUUAUUGUAAUUUUCAAAAUAAUACUUAUUUAAUAAAAUUAGUUUUUUAAUGUUUACAAUAGAAUUUUUUGUUUAAUAAAAACAGUAAUAAAUUAACAUUAAUUUUGGCAGUUCCAAAAAUGUCCAUUAUUGUUGCAUCUUCAAAUUGACGUUUUAACAAAUCCUUCAAUAAAGAAAACAUAAUUCAUUCAAAUUAUAAAUAGUAAUUAUAAAGAAUACAAAUAGGUUUAAUAGUACAUAAAGAACAGAAAGUGUAUUCUGUAUUCCUUAAUGAAGAAAUGGAUUGAUGUUAUAAGAUAUGGAAUAAUAAAGAAUUAACAAAACUUGUAUUCCAAUUAAAGUUGAACAAUAUUAUUAAAUUAUUAUUUAUACCUGUAUGUCAAUAUAAAUAGUUUCCAUUUCUACUCCCAUAAAUUUUCCCUUGACUAAAAACACUCCAUGCAUAUCAGUUGGACUGAUUUCAAAUUGAGCAUUUUUAAAUUGUCCUUCUGGAAGCCCUUCCACUUCAAUUAGAACACCUUUUUCUCUUAAUUUUGCUGCUGUAUAUUUUAUACUUUUUUUAGACUUCAAUUGUUUGCAUUUAUUAGAUGCAGUUUUUUGUUUUCUGAAAGAAUAAAAUGAUAAAACCAUACAAUUUCAAUAAAUAAAACAAUUAUUUUUACUUCUGGCCUGUAUUAUGUUUAUCUAAACAAGUUUGUAUAUACUGUUCAUAUGAUUUGAUUUUGUCAUCUAAAUAUUUUAUUUUUUCGUCCAAUCUUUGUUUAGUUAAUUUAAACAUUAACAAUUCCUGAAAAUAAAUAUUCAAAAUUGUACACAAUAAUAUAUUUUUACUAUUUAGUACAAACCUUGAUUUGUAUUUGACGAUAUUUAUUUCUGAAACAAAUAUCUUUUGCCACAGAUGUUAUUAUACCUUGGUAUCCAUCAUCCUUUGAUAUAAUAUUUUCUUCUUCUAAUAUUUUCAAAUGUUUUUUUAAUUUUGCCUUGAUUUCUUUUAAUGUUCCUCUAUUCAAAUGAACAUAUAACAUUGACAACAUAAACUAAAGAAAUGAGUAUUUUUAUGAAUUAAUUAGACAUAAAUUUUACUUACUCCUCGUAAUUUACAACAUUUCCAGAUGCUAUUAUUUUAGUAUCUCUUUCAGCAAACCGAGCUUCUUCAUCUGGAGUUGACUCUAUCCUUAAAGAUCCAAGCAGUGUAUGUCCACUUAAAUAUGGUAGCACUCUUAUUAAUAGUUCCUUAGUUCUAAAAUAAACAGAUUUAUAUUAGUUAUAAAUUUAAAAUUAUUAAAAAUAUACUUACUUUAUAAACAAUUUAGUCACAGAAGCUGUUUUAGUAUUGGGUUCAAAUUUAUCUGAUAAUGUGAGACAAACUUGAACUGUUGCAAUGCGUCUUUGAACCAUAACAUCAUCAUCAUCGGCUACAAAUAAAAAAACUUUAAGUACAUUAUGAAAAAGAAAAAAUAUAAAAUAGACUUACAGCCAUAAAGUUGUGAAAUUGUUGGUGCAGAAGGUCCCAAUUCGUCAAGCAAUUGAUGAAUAGGAUCAUUGGGAUCAGGUGCAACUUGAUCAAUAUUUUCAAGUAAUAAAGAAUGUGUUUCUUGUAUUUCCUAAAUUGAAGUAAUAAGGUUCAAUAAGGGUUUAAUUAAUCCCCUAUUAUAAAAUAUAUUUAAAUUUUUUUUUAUUAAAAUUUUGUAUGAAAAUUAGAACAGACAAAUGUUAUAAACUAAUAUAUAUAUACAGUCCAGUAUUUAGAAUGAAGAUGAUGAGUAUUAGGGGCACUUUUAAGGAAUUUAGCAAGGAAUAAAAUUGACACUGAAGAUAGAUAAAGGAAAUUAAAAAAUAUUAUUAUUUUAUAUACUUGUAAUGUUAUAUUUAUUGUUGGCUUAGUAAGAAGUGUUACAUCUGUAAAUUCAUUCAUGUUAUAAAAAACUUCUGGGUCAUCAACAAUACUACAAUUGUUGAAAAACAAUUUUAAUUUUGUGUAACAGUCGAGAAUAAAGGGGUUCAUACAUUUUAAAUGGACUUCAUCUUUGUACUAAAAAAAAAAAAAAAUCAGUAAUAUUAUGUAUACCAUUAUAAAAAAUAUCUAAACAAUAUUUAUUUACCCCUUUUUUGUUUGAUGCAUAUUGUAGGAUUUUUGCUACACUUGCCAGAUUGUGGCGCUGGCGAUAACUUAUUCCAUCUUCGAUUUUAGUUUCAAAUAUAUCAUAUAUUUCUGGCGUUAUAAUUACUGGAUUCAUAUAUAGAUUAUAAACAAAGUAGCCGAUUAUCUAAAUAUAUUUUUAAUCCAAAUAUUUUAAUUGAAAUACAAUUCAUUAAACUUAUUAUAUUAGAAUGAUACAUACUUUAUAAAUCUCGUUUUCUCGUGUAUCGGGGAACAAUUCUUGUAUGGUUUCACGCAAUAUCCGGGCAGUAUAUAAUAUGGCAUAUGGUAUAACAGCUUUAGAAUCCAAUAUUUUAUUUAAAAAUUCUUCGGUAAUGUUUUGAAGCUGUUCUAAGUUAUAGGUUAACCUUUUUUGAACUUCAUCAUAUUUCAGUGCAGUAUGUUGGUCUACUGAAUUUGGUAAAUCUCUAAUAACAAACGACAUAAAAUUAAUAAAUAAAAAUAUAUAUUUAUUUUAAUUAAUAUAUUGAAAAUCACGACAUUAGCUAUUAUAAUUUUUACUGUAAUUAAAUCCAAUAACAAAAUUAAUGAUCCUUACGAAAUUUCUCCAGUAUUAGUUUCUAAUUCAUUACGCCACGUUCUGUAAAUCGUUACUGGGUUUGUAUCAAUAAAUAAAUUAUUUCUAUGAUGUAUCAGCUGAAUAAAAAUAAUACAAUUAUAAGUUUCUCAAAUUUUCAUAACAACCUUAAAAACCAUUAUUUGUUUUAAAUUAUAUACUUUUUCUACUACUGUUCUAAAGAUUGUAUUUAAACGUUUUUGAUUAUCAAAACAUCUUGCUUGAUCAACAAUUGCCUUCAAUAUAUAUAAAUUUGAUGUUUUUAUUUCGGCUGCUGUAGUACAAUUUAUUUUGAUUUCUUCUUUUAAUGCCGAUGUUAAUAGUUUCAACAUAAAAUAAGCAUCACGGCUAUUACUUCCAGCAUUAAAAACCGACAUAAGAAUUUGUUCUAAAAAUCUGAAAUUGAUUGAAAUUAAUAUUAAAACUAUAAUAAAAUAAAUAAAUAAAUAAUUACUUAGAAAUGUGACGAACUGAAUAUGGCAAACAGAAUAUAAGUUUGGUUAAAUAAUAUGGUUUUGUUUGAAGCAUAUAAAAUAAAUUUUGAUAACAUUCUAAAAGAUGUUUGCUAUUUUUAUUUAAAGACAUUAAACUAAUUGAAUGUUGUGUAUUAUUUGGUUGUUGUAAUUUAUUAUUAACAUUUUCAUUGGUUUUCAAAUUAUGACUAAAAAAAUCCUAAAUAACACAUUUAUAUUGUAUACAAUUAUUAUUUCAUCCUAUUACAAUAUUAAGAUUAUUAUUAUUACCUGUAAAGAUAUUCUAUUUUGAAUAAGUAAACCAAUUUUUAUAUCCAAAUCAUCAGCUUCAUGUGACAUUUUAUUACUUUGACGUAUGAGUUGAGUAAUUUGACUACGCAGAUUCUAAAAUAAAUAAAUAUAUAUAUAAAUAAUAAAGGUGCUUUAAUUAUAUAUAAAAAAAAAACUCACUUGUAAUUCUAGUUCACGAUAAUAAUCUUCCAAAUUAAAAUUAAGUAAGCGAGAAAAAUGCUUAACAAUCUUAUAAGAUGGAUUUUCUGUACGAAAUAAUAGAUAAAAAUGUUUGCGAACCAUUUUACCUCUCCAAAUAGCUUGUAAUUUUACUAUAUUUUUUAUCUAGAACAUAUACUGUUAAUCAACUUAUUCAAUUUAAUAAUACAUUUUUAUUAUUACUAACAUCAUUUCCAGUAUAGAUACGUUGAAAAGGUUUUAAUUGAUUUCUAACUUCCUUUAUUAAAGCUGACCAUUUUCUUUGAAAUAACAUACAUCGCCACCAUUUCUGAAAUCAUAUUUGAAUAAAUUCAUAUUGAAAAAGAAAAAAAUGAUUACUAACUUGUAUUUUUAAAGCAUAUAUUUCUUGUUUGUUAUAACACUUCAUUUUAUUUUUCAUUUCUUGUCUAACUAAAUAUCCACGAAUAUGUGCUUGAAGUUGAGUAAUAAUUUCAUUAAUUUGUUUAGAAUUCUUUAGAUGUUGGUAUUUUUUUUUUAUAUUCAUUAUAGUAGUCUGAAGUAAAAAUAUUAGAAAUUUAAAUGAUCAGUUUAUAUAGUAAAAAUAUAUUUUCAAUUUACCUGUAUUUCUUCCAUAUUUAAAUACUUUGCUGUAGGAAGAAAAUUGAGCUUUUCCCACGAGUAGUCCAAUGUUUCGAGGUUUAAAUAAACACAUCGGCCAUAAGGUGUUUGAUGUAUAACCCAGGGACCUUUAUAUUUCACCUUAAAGAUGAAAUAAAGCAUUUUUAUUUAUAUUGGUUAUAUUGGGGAUAAAAAAAACGAAUAGAGAUUUUACAAUAUAUUUAAUAUUUGUAAAUAUAAAUUCUAAAACUAUAUCUUACCUUUGACUUCAGUAAAUGUAAUAAAACAAUAAAUGUUUCUUGUUGUUCUAUUUCGGUCAUUGGAACAAGUUUAAGUAUUUCUUGAGCUAACAUUGAUCUAUCAUUUUUAACUAAUAACAAAUUCACUGACAAAAGCCAUUCAGCACCUAUACAAAAUUAUAUUCUCUUAGAUACAAUUUAUUUAACAAUUUAUUGAAGACGUUACUUCUAUGAAUACUUUCAACUUCAUCGCAUACUCUUUUUAAAACAUCUUCAACAUCGUCUUUCCAUAUUUCAACUCCAUCUUCUGAGUCAUUUUGGCGAUUCUAAAAAUAUAAAUUAUGUCAUAUAUUAGUAUUAAUAAUUAAAUUUUAAUAUUGUUUCAAUAUAAAGACCAGCAUUUUUUGUGAAUUAAGUCAAUGAGUUAAGAUACUAAAGCUUUAAAAUAUAAUAAGUUUGUAAAAAAAAGCAGUAUCAUUAUAUUUGACAUGAGACAAUUUCGUCUUAAGUUGACAAAUUCAUUGUAAUUUGUAUUAACAUAGAUUAUACAAUUGAACAUACCAAUAAUAAUUCAUAAGCAUAUGGAAAAUCUUUGGAUUUGACCUGAUAUUCUAAUUGCAAUAUAGGAUUUGUGAUGCAUUGUUUCACUGCAUUUAAGUCUUUCCAUUUUAUUGCAUUAUUAAGUUGUUGCAGAACAUUUAUAACUAUAGAACAUUUUUGUUAAUAAAUUACAAUACAUUUUCAAAUUUUAUAACUACCUCCUUUGUUUUGUUCUAAUUGAUUAUGAACUAUGUCUACACAUUCCUUAAUAUUCAUAAAAGUCAAUAUUCCAAAGCUACAUUUAUUUAUAAUUUUAAAACGUCUACAAGCAUCAAGUGCGCUCCAGUAUUGUAAUUUUAACCCUGCAUCAAGUUCUUGAUUCUAUAAAAUAAAUAAAUAUUUAUAUAUAUGAAUAUUUUAAUUCAUACUUAAUAUAAAUAAAGUUUACUGGGAAAAACUUCUUUAAUUUUGCCAGAUGAUCCCAAGUUAAAUCAACAUUUUCAGAAACAACUGCCUUAGUAACAUCAGCGAUUAGAUUCAAUACUUGUAAACUUUGUACAAUAUCACUAUAGCUUAAACUUUUCUAUAAAAUAUAAAUAAUAAGAAUAUAUUUUGAAUUAAUAUAACAGAACAAACAGUGGCCUAGAGUAGAGAACAAAAUAUAUACAUGUGCAUGAAAAUUAAAGACAAGCAAAGCUUUCAAAAAAAAAAAAAAAAAACAUUAAUCGUUUUAAAAGAAAAAAAAAGUUUAUCAACAAUAAUAUAAAUAUUACAUAACAAAUAUCAAAAAUAAAUUACAAAUUACAUUUUUUAUUAUUAUUUCAUAGGGUGCUUGAGCACAACGGUACCCCAAUAAUCAGUGCCCAUGGUGACAUGCAUCAUCUUGAAAAUUAGCCUGUUACGGGAAUGAAUAAAUCAUCAAUGGUACAAAAAGGAUAUUCCAAACUUGUCUUGUUAGUUAAAUGAAAUUCUGAUCAAAAAGAAGAUAAGUUCUAUAGGUAUAUUAUAAUUUUCUUAUAUUUAAACAAUUUCAAAAAGUAGAUUUGUCUUAUUGCCCUGAGCCCUUUAAUUUUUGAUUCUUAUU